AUGAAAAAAUUGGAUCUUUUUGGAUUGAUGAAAGUGGAUAGUGACCGCGAAAAAGUAAUGGAAAAGAUCGAGUCCAUCAGGUAAGUUUAUAUGAUGUCCCACACAUAUAAGCAGGGUAGGAUCAUUCUCGUUGUGUUAUGCUGAACAAUGGAAGGUUUAGCGGGUUAUCACCACUAGUACAGACAUGUAGGUGAGGGCCCUGAAAGGUGCGUGGUCUAGUUUCUACACACCAGUCACUUUUUGCAAUUAAUUAUAGACUUAAUAGUAUGCAAUACACUUGCAUAACAGGCCAAGCCCGCUAUAUUCAAUUAAAUUUGUUGCAAAUUUGUCUAAAUCUAGAGAGACUUCAUUAUGCCGUUUGAGUUUAUUUUUCUGCUAUAUUGCGAGUUAGUGGUAUUGAUUACUAAUUCAGACAUUAAGACAUGUUGCUUCGUCUUAUUUGAACCAUCUUACUGCAAAUAACUUGCUUUAUAUAAAUUAGUCUGCGUAUCGUCCUUUUCAUUCUUGUGAAACAUCACUCUUGAAUAUAACUGAUAAAUGGUUAAAGGAAAUGGAUAAGAGCAAUCUUAUUGGGGUCGUACGUAUUUUUGGAUCUAAGCAAAGCUUUUGACUUGAUUAACCACAAGUUAUUACUGUACAAGCUAGGAAAAUAUCACACAAGUGACGGUGAACUCAAAUGGUUUGAGUCAUACCUAGCAAACCGCAUUCAAAUAUGCUCUUUUUCUGGCUGUUUAUCAACCCCACUAAAUAUCGAUGUCGGUGUCCUGCACGGUUCAAUUCUGGGGCCUCUACUGUUUACCGUGUAUGUGAAUGAUCUACCAUUGUCACUUGAGAAAGCUGAGACGGACAUGUACGCGGACGACACUACCAUCUGGAAAAGUGGAACAAAUUGUGUAGAAAUUGAACUAACGUUAAAUUCAGAGCUAAGCAAGGUUGAGGAUUGGUUUAAACACUAA